GGAGCUGUGAGAAUGCCCUCUCUACCAUGAUCACACAAAAAUAACAAAAAAACAAAGCAAAAGAACACCUUGACCCUGACCGGGCAGAUACUAAGGAUGCAUGAGCAUGAGAUCAAGUAGCCAGUAGUCAGGAUCUCAGUCCUGAUACACACCUCAAACCGUUCGUCUCCUGUUCUCUGAUUGUAACCUUAAACAGUGCUCCUUCUGUUCAUGGCUCUUUUUGUAUUUGUUUAUAUCACACCUGUUUAUUCUGAAUCAUGCGUUCAUCAACGCCCCUAAUCCCACUAGUCUGCCAUGUUUAUUCUAAACGUCUGGAUGGAAUGAUGAAGCGUCCAUAUUUCUUGAAUGUUCUCUUUGAGCGGCACAUCUGGAAACAUAUUGAACCGAUGAUGAACAUAUAAAGAUCAUACAGCACCUACGGCCUUGAACAGAUCUGCGGUCGUUAGAUAGAUACCACCAAAACCUCUGACAGAACCUAAUUUUUUAGUAGCAUAAAACACUUCAUCCGACAAAGAACUUUGAAGAAACACUUAAGGGACAAUUUUUUAAGACUAAACAACACCCAAAGAACCAUCGAUGACACCAAAAAAAACUUUGAGGAAUGUUUUCUGAGUGUAGAAAACUGCAUAAACAGUUAAAGAACCCUCAAGGAACCUUCCACACCAUCCAAAACAUUCUGAGGAGUGUAGAACAUUUGAUUCAUUUAUCUUAACAUCUGUAACCAGCUCAUCCUGGUCAAGGUCCAGCUAGAACCACCUGAGAGAGUUCCACAUGGAAUGUUUUCAGAAAGAAAUCACUGUGCCUACAUCGUCCAGAAGAACGUUACCUGUACCAUGCAGGAUGGAAUGGCUACCUACGUCAAGGCAGAUUACACCACCAAGUGCAUCUGGGGACAGAAGUGUCCUGUGGUGAUGUAUCGGACAUACUUCAAACCAACCUACAAGGUUGGCCACAAGACUGUGACAGAACUGGAGUGGCGCUGCUGUCCAGGUUACUCUGGAGAAAACUGCUUUGAUGGCCCUACACCUGGUCCAGACUCCAUCAUGCCAUCAUUUAAGGGAUCCAUUCAAGGACCAAGACCGGGGAUGAAGGGUUUCCCAUGGGGUUACAACAAAAUACCAGCCCCUGGAUCAGGGAUGGACAAGCCUUUUUUCCCUGGUGGUCAUCAUGAUAAUAUACCAACCGGACAUGUGCCUUCAGGAGGUCCAGGAACGAGUGUCUCUGGGGAGCGUCUAGACCGUAUAGAGGGGGAUCUAAGGAGACUUUCACAGGGUUUGGAGACUCUGACUGGCCUGAUCUCUGGCAUGGAGGAACGUCUCCGUGUCUCUGUCCGUGAGGACACCGCCAAGAUGGUGAGCAACCUGCUAGGUGGGGCCCCACGUCAGCCAGACUCUACAGUGGGGUUUGGCAUCAUCCCUGAGGGCUUGCCUGACACGACAGAGGGUAACGAAAACUUCCCAGUCCUUGGAGAGCUGGUGGGACGGGUGACAGAGGUCAAGGAUGAGCUAAGGGCCAAGAGUCAUGUGCUAGACGAGAUCCAUGGCAUGGUGAUGGGCCAUGAUGGGCAGCUGAAGAGGCUGAUGGAGGUGCCACCUGGGGGUAUCCAGAAUUUAGUGGAAAAGCUGUUGGAUGAAAGGCUGUCUGGCAUCAGGACAGAGAUAUUGGAUGGAUUUGAACGAAGACUCAGUGGCCUAGAAAAUCACUGCAAUGAAAAGAUUGGACAGGUUCAAAAGCAUUGCCAUAAGGAAUACCUGAAUGGUCAGGAGCAGCUCCAGCAAUCCUUAGAUGGCCGUGAGACAGGCCUGAGGAAGGAGCUGGGUGAUCUUCAGGCUCAGAUCCAGGGUCUGACAGUGAGCCCAGGCUGCUGUAGUCAAAUUAACGAUCUCUCCCAGAGAACUCUGCUUCUGGAAGAGUCUGUUAAGGGCCUGACAGAGUCUCAGAGGCAACUCCAGACGACACUGAGUGAACAGACGAUCCACUUGGAGACGAUGUUGGAUACACGAUUACUAGAUGUCGAGGGCCGGUUAAACACCACAGAGCAGGACAAGGCAGAUUUAGGUGUUCUGGAUGGAGGAAUGGGAUCCCUCGAUGGAUUUAAGACCCUUCUGGAGGACAAACUGAAAAGCUUGGAGGAGCGUGUUUUUGUGGCUGUUGAGGAACUGAGUAACGCAACAUCUCCGGCGCUACUGGAAGGCCAGGUGGUGCCAGCAUUAGGGACGGAGAUUGAGAAUAUCCGUAGACGUAUGGAAGCUGGUUUGGAUGGUGUCCAGAAGCAAUUGAUAGAUCUCGAGCUUCUUUGCACUUCCGCUUGCUCUCCAGCGUCCAGUCCUGAUGCAGCUCUUAUCCAAACAGAGAUGGAAGACUGUAAGGAGAUGGAGAAGAAGUUAACGGAGCGUCUGGACACACACACAGAAAUGUUGGACCACCUAAAUAGUACCUUGCAAGGGCUUUUGUUCCAGAUUGCUCAAGAGGAUCAAGAGGGUUCAAUACAGGGUGAGAUUACACUCCUCAAGAUAAACGUCAACUCUGUAAACCGCACCCUGAAGGGUUUGAGAGAUUCUGUUCACCUUUUCACCAAUGAGAUGAGUCACGCUAACUCGACAUGGCAGGAACGUCAGCAGCGGCUGGUCACACAAGUGCAUGGCAUUGCUGAGCUUGUGGGCCAGCAGGGGCAGCUGCUUGGGGACGGAGAGCGCAGACUGGUGCAGCUGAAGGGCGAGCUGCAGGGCUUGAGGCGGAGGCUUUCAGGGGAACUGCAGGGCUGUCGGGGCACAGCGCAGAACGCUCAGCGUGAGGUCAUGGUAGUUGAAGGCCGUGUAGCCCAUGUUGAAGGCCAGUGUAGCAGCCUGGGAGAGCUUGCUGAUCAGUUGGAGAGGAUUCGUGCAGAACUCGAGAGCCAUUCAGAUAGCUAUCUGGCACAGGUCAAUGGUACCCUGGCGAGCCACACACAGCAGCUUACACAGCUCAAAAAUGGACUUCAAGAGUGUGUGAAUAAGACGGUCCAGUAAUCACCUGGAUACAGAGAUGCUUGGAGACCGGAUUGCACAAACUGAAAUGUUUCUCCUUCUGGUUUUAUUAACAGGGCAUUGUUUUCUUGCAUUUUUGCUUCUUCUUCUUCUAGACUUUUCUCUUUGUUUUUGUCUUUACACGUCAUAUUGAUUCUAACCAAUGUGUUAACUUAUAUAAAGAAAGAAAAACUUGACUUGAUGUUAUAUAUUGUACAGUUUAGCUCUGCAGUCCCUGAAGCCCUGAUUUGUUUUCCCUGCUGUAGCACAUAUACAGUAAGUCAGCUGACUCUGCUAAUCACUAGUGCUUCAUAAGCCGAAGAUGAAAAAAAAAAGUGUCUUCAUUUUUUUAGGGUCUUUAAAUUAGGGAAGAUAUCAGAUUUAUGAAAUGAUGUCUGAUUUAUAAGCUGCUCUACUCUCAUGUCAUCUCAUCUCAAAUUUCUUUUAUAUUACUGUGUCAACGUUACGGUGCUAAACUUGAGUGUAAAAUUAUUUGUAGGUAAAAUAUAUGUUUACUUAUUACUUAUUAAACUUGUAUGUUUUUUUUCUAUGAGAUCAUUUUUUAUGAUUAAAAGUUACUGUUGAGAACAAAAUGAGAACUAGGUGUGUUUGCAGCAUGGCUUGGUGAAUCACGUGUUCCAGAUGAACUGUCUUUACGAUUUUAACCACUAGAGGGCGGAAAUACGGCUAAUAAAGAGAUACACUUUAGGACUCAAGGUUUACUUUUGUUUGUUUGUUUGUUUUGUUUUGUGGAAGCCAAUUUCUAGCAAGCAGGAAAAAAAACAAUCAUAUUGCAUUUUCCUUUAUUUUAGGCAAGAAAAAUCAAAAACGACAUAAAAACGACAAAAACUGAUUUCAGAAUUUUGAGUCAUGUUAAAAUUUUGAGACAAGACAUCUCACAAAAGCUGGAGAUUUUUAGAUAAAGUCAGUUUUUGAGACAAGAAGUAAGAAUUUGAGCCAAAACUUAAAUAAAGGAAAAAAGUGUUAUGUGAUUUUAUUUCCUACUCAAAAGAAAUGUGUCUCUAUAACGAUAAUGUGUUUAUUUUAUAUCACUUGCUUGAGAAUAUUUUCGAGUUUAAUAUUAAUCAUUAUUCAGAUGCAGUUGUACAGUAUUUAAAGUACCUGUACUUGUGUUUUUACUUUUCUUUCACACUAUAGUUCUAAAGUGAGUAUUUUUUAGCAUCAAACAGAUUCAGAUUUGAAAAUUGCUAACAAAUCUAUAUUUUACAGAUGUGACAUUGAGCCUGAGAGCUAAUACACAUCACCGUGAUCGAUCUGCUGCGUACGCUUAGAUUCUAUUGACCGCUAUCUAUUAGCAAAGCAAAGUUGUUAUCUGUAGUUUGUUAGCGUUCGAAGAUUUAUUCAGUUGAACUUGAGUAAAGAAUUCAGAUGUCACAGGAUUACAUUUACAUCCUGGUUCAACAGAAUGAAAUUGACUCAUGGAGAGAUUCCUGUCUCGAU